CGUUCCACAGCCAUGAAUCACGUGACUGCGCCUUGUUGACACCAGAGGCGCAGCAGUCAGAGGGGCUGCUUCACCCGUCUUCCUGCUCUCCUCGGGAGCUGAGCGCCAUGGGUGACGUUUACCAGCACCCUGUUUUCUUUGAGUGCCGCGACCCCCUGGGGGAGCGCGCGAGGACGAUUCGGAGAUAUUUCAGCGUGCGCCGCAAAUCGGGCGGAGGAGACUGCGGGCCGCUGGAGAGGCUGAACGAGAGCACCUACAGCGUUAAGUUCACGGACCAAAGAGAUCAGCAGGAGGUCCUGAGGAGAUCGGAGCAUGUCGUGGACGGUUUGGUGUUGUCCGUCCGAGGCAGCCUUGAGCCUGGAGCCUCCUCUCCGAGCCGGGACCUUACAGAUCAACCACAGAUCCCUCUAUGCAAUCCUGCUUCAACACCUUCGCCAAGUGAAGAGAAAUAUGAACUGCGACUUGAUUCUCACCUGCUACGUUACCUGAACGAGUGUCCCCACGCUAAGAAAGAACUCGAUAAGGGACUCACCUCUGUGGCCUGCUCUGCCCAGCUGUACCCAGAGGAGGACAGGGUUCUAGUUAGCCGGUUAGCUCAAGCUGGUGCUGCAGUCAGUAACUGGAGAGCCGAGGUAGACAAGCUCUUUGGUGGCUACCUGUGCCACUAUGAGUCGGACCCUCACAAGGUUAAAGCUUUACUUCAGCCUGGCACUUCUUCUCAGGCCACAGGUGAGGUGAAGGUGUACAGCAAUGUUGGGAUGGUCGUUGUGGUUGGGGAGCGUUCUCAAGUGAACGGCAGGUUGAUGGAUAUUAACGACUCGCAUGUUAAGCGACGGUCAGGUCACGUGAAGCAAAAGAGGACCUGUCGACUGGGUGAGGCCAAGCUCCGCCUCCUCUGGAAAGAGAUUGAGCACAGAUUGCGACAAGAUUUUCCCGAAGUGAAGGUCACGCAGGAAGCUGCAGGUCAAAUAGUUUUGGAAGGUUCUGUCAAAGAGAUUCUUAAGGCUGGAGAUUGUAUCUCUCAGCACGAGAACCUUGUUUUGGAAAGGACCGUUUCUGACAUAAGCCCACUUCUAUUGGCCUUCUUAAGAAAGGCAUACAGUGGCCCAGCUGAGCUACGGGACUUUUUAGGGGUUGGUGGCAAGGUGGAAAUAGAAAUACGAGACACAGAGGUUCGUUUCUUAUCUCUAUUCUCUGAGGAUCUUGAUGAAUUUUUAAAGGCACUGCAAGCUGAGAUCAAGGAAGUAAGAAUGGAUGUCCCUAACUGCUCCUCUGUGCCACCUGAUCUUCUUGAAAAGCUAAAGUCCAUAACAUUUGACAUCAACCAGGGCCAAUACAGGGCUCAGGUAGUCUUUGGCCCAGGGAGCACAUUGUGGCUACUGGGCCACACCAAAGAGGUCGACAAGCUAAGGGAAGUUGUCAUACAGUCUUUGGACGACUCCAGUAAUAAAAGCAUAGUCCAUCUGCCUUUCCCAGAUUUAGCAGAAAAGUUGCCAGAAUUGCUGCAGGCGUAUGAUAUUGACUGUACAGGGGUUACCUUUAUUCCCAGAACAUCUUCCUCUGGAUCCACGGUGGUGCUGCAAGGUCCAUCCUGCAAAGUGACCGAGAUCAGAAACUGUCUAGAACUAUUUGUGGACUCACAUUUUGAAGACCAUCCAAGUUUAAGUGAAGUAAACGCAACAGUUGCUAGCUACAGCCUUCCAGAUGGGUUACAGGUGCUGGUGUGUCAGGGUGACAUCACCAAACAGGAAGCUGAUGUCCUGGUGAACGCUGCCAAUGAAGAUCUGGAGCACACCGGAGGGGUCGCUGCUGCAUUAAGUAAAGCAGGUGGCCCUGACGUGCAAAAGGAGUGCAGAGCUAUAGUGAAGCAGCGGGGAAAAGUUCCUACAGGUGAUGUAGUGUUGACCACAGGGGGGAACUUAAAAUGCAAAUGUCUGCUGCAUGCUGUUGGGCCUGUGGGAGGAAAAUCAGGUGGCAGAGAGAGGAUCUUACUGGAAACAGCUGUCCAGUCUGCUCUGAAUUCAGCAGAGUCGAUGCGGUCGAUGUCAAUAGCCAUUCCGUGCAUCAGCUCAGGUGUGUUUGGUGUACCCGUCGCAUUGUGCUCUGACGCUAUUGUAACUGCUGUUAAGAAGUUUGGCAGUCAGGGAGGGCGAAGGCUGAGUAGAAUCAUUCUGAUUGAUACCAGAGUAGAGGUGGUUAGGGCUAUGCAGGAAGCAUGUGACCGUCAUCUCCACGGGAUAAGUAGCGGAAGCAAGGUACCCAGAGAUCCGGGGUUUCAAAUGGGAGCCACUGCUGGAGCUCCUGAACAUGGCGACCUUGUGGAGAUCGUUCAGGGAUCUGUGGAGACCCAGCAGGUGGAUGCCUUGGUUUCACCCAUGCUUGGCCAUGAACCUCUUUCCACCCGUGUUGGAGACACUUUGUUUCAAAUGGUUGGUCCCCAGUUGAUCACACAGUUUCAAAAGGAAGCAGAAGAAGAAACUGCUAUGCCUGGUGACGUAGUCCUGGUGGAGGGCUUGCCUGCACUUCCGUCUAAUGCAGUGUUCUUCGUCAACCUCUUUCCCUGGGACGAAGACCAAGAUGGAACACCAGUUCAGGUUCUGAAACUGGCCAUCAGCAACAUCCUCACAUCCUGUGACAACAGAGGGUUUGGAUCAGUUGCUUUCCCUGUUCUCGGUGCUGGGAUCGCCCUGCGGUUUCCGGGCAUAUUAGCCGCCACGGUGCUACUGGAGGAAGUUCUUAAGUUUAAACAGAACAGAGCCAGCAAAACACCCUUCGUGGUCCGCGUCGUCAUCCCCCCCGAUGAUGAAGCAUUCAUGGAGGCCUUCAGUUAUGUCCAGGAAGCUUUGCAACUCAAUAGAUUGGCAAAAGAUGUUCCUCAACCCGACCAAGUGUCAAAUACAAGAAGGAUCGUCGUGCUGGGGAAAACUGGACAUGGGAAAAGCCACCUAGCUAACACCAUAUUUGGAGCAAACAUCUUCAAAACAGACCAUUCUCCCAACUCUGGAACAAUUCAAUGUCAAGCAGAAACCCAAUCUGUCAACGGUAGAAGCACCACUUUGAUCGACACUCCUGGUUUCUUCGACACAGAAAAGCCUGAGGAGAUGCUGAAGGCUGAGAUAGUGAAGUGCAUCACGGAGUGCGCUCCCGGGCCCCACGCCUUUCUCAUCGUGCUGAAAGUAGAAAAAUUCACAGAGCACGAGCUUGCCGUCACCAAGAAAAUAUGCAAAUAUUUCACCGAAGAGGUUUUGAAAUAUGCCGUGAUUGUCUUCACGCAUGGCGACGACCUCCCCAAAGGGAUGUCCAUCGCGCAGUUCGUCCGUCAGAAUGAGAGUCUGAGAGAUCUGGUGGAGAAGUGCGGCGGCCGGUGCCACGUCGUCGACAAUAAACACUGGACGAACAAACAGCAGAACAACUACAGGAGCAACCAGGCCCGAGUGGAGGACCUGCUCAACACAAUAGACGAGAUGGUGACGCAAAACAAUGGAGGCCACUACACCAACGAGAUGUUUGAGGUGGUGGAGAAAGAGAUCCAGGUAGAGGAACACCGCAUACAACAAAAACUGUUGUCUGGAAACAUGUCGCAGGAAGAGAUCAGGAAGCAGGCAAAAGCCAGUGUGAAUGAGAGGCUCCUGAUCCAGCUGGCGGGCACAGCAACAGGAGCACUGUUGGGAGCUUUUUUUGGAUUGGCAGUGAUGGUCGGAUUGGUUGUCACGGCUGUAAGGAACUGUGCGCAAGUGGUGAAACUUUUAAAAACAGUUCCAAUGCUAAGUGGCAUUGCAACGCCAGUGAGUGCAGGAGUAGCAACGGCAGGACAAGUGGUGUUGGGUGUCGCUGCCGCUGGCAUGGUGGUAGCUGGGGGAGUAAUAGGUGGUGUUAUCGGUAACGAGGCAGCAGAGGGAGCCAAAACACCUUUGGAGGCCGCAGAAAUGGCAGCAAAGGCUGUUAUGAAAAAAGGGAAAGCUACUUUAAAGAUGUAGUCUUUUUUUGUCCCCCUGGCAAAUGUUUAUCCAAAAUUCAUUCCAUUUUUUUUUGUCUAGACCAACUCUUGAUCUCCGCGGGGAACUUCAUGGUCGGGGGAUGAUUCUCUGUGACACAACGAGCGGACAAUUAAUCCAUUGUCAACACAACAAAAAUAUAUCGGGUAGCUUGAACUAAAGGGACAAAGAAUUGGGAUCGAGAAUCGCAAGAAAGUCAAACAAGUGAGGCAGUGAUUCUGAAAAAGGUGGAGGGACAUUUUUAUUCUAAAGAGUUUAACCUCUGUAAUUACUACUUUAAGAAUUAGCCAAAAAAUUGUUGAUAUGUAAGAUGAUUGGGCUAAUGUGUAUAUGUUGGUAAUGUAUUUGAGUGGGGUUUAAAUUGGGACCGUCCAUAACUCCAGCGAGUGGGAUUUUAAUUCACUUUCCAUUAACCUUUAAUUAAUCGUUAUUAAGUCAUUUUUAUGUUUGAUAAAAAUCUGUAUUUAACCAAUAAAAGCAUUAAUUGCA